GAACUCCGGCGACACUUCCCAAGAAAAAGGGUAGCAGAAAUAAAGAUGGGGAUUUCGCCGUCGAAACAGGCGGAAACCACUCUCAGCAGCUCGUCGGCGUUCACCGCCGCCUGCGAAUCGGCGUAUUCCCACUGCCUUUCCCUAACCCAGCACGCCUUCCCAGGCGUCCUUCCCUACCAACUCCCGACUGCCUCCGAUCAAAUCCACUCCACUCUCACCACCACUGACAAAAUCCCACUCAUCGUCAAUUGGGUCCCCACGCCGCCGACCCAGGCCCAAGUGGACUCAGCUCUCAAGGUCGUUGCGGCCCUCCGACGAGCCCCUAAGAACCCGGCCCAACAGGAGGCGGAGGCGCCGGAGGAAGAGCCGAUGACGCUGGGAGCGGAGGAGUUUAAGCAGUGGGCGGUGGUGCUGUUCGCGGAUGCCGUGGCGGAGAAGGCUGGGAAGGCUCUCCUGCAGCGUGUGCCGAUUGGAGUGGCCGGGAUAGUUGGGAUUGGGGCGGUGGCGAGGCCCGGGAAGAAUCUGGUAGGGGCGGCGAUUGGAGUCUACGCGCUCGGGGUCGUGACUUCCGUUUACCUGAGUUUGUCCGGCUAAACGUCCGUUUGUUUGUGUCAGUAGCCAGCCAAUAACUAGUUGACAUAUGUCUCUUCUUGUGAUAAUUUUAAUAUUUUAUGUAUAGUGAAUCAACGUCGUCGAUUAAAAUAUAUGAGGCUCAGGUUAUACCGCCAUUUCCUGCAAUCCAAUCAAACGGAGCCGCCGGCCAAUCAAAUGCAAUUAAAACAUGAUUACGAU